CAUCCUGGCGAUUCAAAUCAAACUUUGAUGUAAAUCGCGACUUCAGCGUAACUUGAUAAGUGAAUCGACCACGUUUCUAGAACCGAAAACUCCUUCUGUCAUUCUUGCUAUACAACUAGGAAUGUCUCGAACCUCAACAGUGAUGAAAUGAGUGAAAGAGGCGUGGAUAAACGAGGUGAAGAAUUGAAAGGGGUUUUUAAGGUUCAAGGGAAAACAUACGAUGUCUUUCUCGACAGGAGUGAAAUCGUUUGGACACUACAAGGCGAGUUAAAUACAGGUUCAAACAGCCAAGUUUACAACAUAUCAACAAGAUCACUGAAACUGCCUGACAUCAUUGGUGCAUGGAUAGCAAAACGACGCUUGCCAAGAGACCCAUCCAAAGAAGGGCGGCUUGUUGGUUUCACUCUGUUUACAUUCAGCAAAGCUGAAAACAGGAAGCUGAGUGAAGCAAGGAUAACAUUCGAGAGUGAUGAUGAAAAUCUCUGUGAGGUGUGGAUCUCAAAAAUUAAUGACAUUAUACAGGGCAUUCAAGGCAGGCCUCGUAAAUUAAAAAUUGUAAUCAACCCAAGAAGCAAGAAGGGCCAGGCUCGGCUAGUGUACUUGAAACAUGUUGCACCACUGUUUGAGAAGGCUGGUAUCAGAGCAGAUAUCAUGAGUGAGUAGAUAAGAAAGCUCAUAAUUUUAAGUGAACUAUAGCCAUGGUAUGAAUGCACCAAAACAUGUCUUACUGACAUAAAAUGUAAAUCUGAUGCUUGAAGUUAUUAUUUAAAAGAAUUAAUGGUCAGAAAACUCAGGACAACACUUUGUCCUGCAAUAAAAUCUUAAAUAAUGUCCGGGAGACUUAUUUUGGUGGGGGAAGAGGAACAGCUAACUUUGGGAGGUUUUAAGGUGAGCUCUGAUGGACUAUCAUCACAUCUAGCAAGACUUAGACAUUUCAGGUUAUAGAAACUGAAAUACAUACAUGUACAUGUAAUAAUGUGUCUGUUUCACCGAAUCUCAAUAAGAAGCCUGGCUUAGCAUCUACAACCUUAUUGUUACUUAUUUUUCUGAGAGAUUAAUUGCGUGAAAAUGAAAGAUGCAAAUUCUGUAAAAUUUCUGACAUUAGUGAAAUUACUAUAUAAUCUUAUACAAAGGUAAAGUCUGCAUACGAGCCAAGUUACCCAUCAGGCCUUAGC